ACUCAAUCACCAUUCAGUUGCGGCUCUCGUGCUGGACACGUUGCUGCACCAUCGAUGCACGACCUUGUGAGGCCUGAGCCUUGGUCGCUUCGUCGCCUCGCUGCACUAUUUCCGGCCUCACUGCCCUGUUCCCGGCUUCGGUGCUUCGCUCCCAAGCACUCAAUCGAUCCAUUCAGACCGUCGAUCGAGUUCUCCAGGGGUUACCGCCCCGAUCUGACAUCUCUGACGAUGGUAACCAGCAGCAAUCUUGUUCCCAGUGUCGUAAAACCGGCCAUGUCUGUGCGUGAAUGAGGGUGCCCACGACUGCCUACUGCAGCCCUCGGCGUUAAACUCGCUUGCUCCCUGCCCAUGCGGAUUACACCAGUUGGGUGACUGUCCGAGCGCAGUGGAUGUGCAUGUUAGAGAGACCCUGGACCGAGUGUCCGAGCCCCCGAUCCGCGCGACAUGUGAAUGACAGCGCAAAUAGUGUGGGGUAACCAGUCCGGCGAUUUGAACAUCCGGGGUAGACGGACCUGCAUCAGCGUGUCCUUCACACACCUUGUAGAUCAUCAUGUAUCACCAUAUAUCACAUCUCCGCCAUCGUAACAUGACGCACACAAAUAUUUCAUCCUGCACCCAAUCGAUAGCUCCUCCCCAGCGCACCAAAGCGAAAGGCGCCCGCACCGCCACACGUCGGCUGCUUGAAGUCACCGACGCGCGUCAAAAGGUUAAUCCCGGCGCCCAUCCCCACACGUCAUGCCAUCACCGCGAGGCCCGACCUCUCAUCUUCUCUGAUGCUUUCACUCGUUCUUUUCCUCGCGUGUCAGGAGACUGCCCCACAUUUGGGUUUCCGGGUCAGCGACAGCUCCACUCAGCCUCCACCGUGCCAGAGUCGGGUGACGCCCCCGGGACAGGCGCGCGGUCUUCUUAAAUUUAUAAGAGCGAGACGUGCCGGCAGCCACGGUUCUCCCCCUUCUCGCCCCCCAUUUCCCCCCGAUGGACCACACAGCGCUGCAAGCGACCAACGCGGCCCGUCGCGCCGAGCUCGCCGGCCCAUCGGGCCUCCUUGGACUGUACCACAACCCGCGGCUGCUCCGGCUCGCGAUGACCACCACCUGGGCGCCCUCUGCUACGGCUACGAGCAGGGCGCGUAUUCGCAGGUCCUCGUGAUGGAUGCGUUCACCAGCAACCCCAAGUUCGCCCGGAUCGCACACGACUCGUCGUUCAAGGGGUGGAGCGUCUCCACACUGGGGCUUGGCGGUUGGGCCGGUGCACUUUCGAAUACUGUCUCGCCGGUGGACUCUGCUCGUCGGCGCGUUUAUAUGUUGUUGGGUACCGCAUUGACCACCGGCGCGCAAAAUGUCGCUUGGAUGGUAAUUCAACUCAUCGUUCUCGAAUCCACGCAUAUCUUCAACUCCCCACAGUUCGUCGGCAGAUUCUUUAUUGGCUGGGCGGUCGGCAGUCUAUCGGCAGUGGUACCCUUGUACAACUCUGAGAUCUCCCUCCUGAGCUCCGCGGCACGCUCGUCUCAAUCCAACAGCUGGCCAUCGUUUCCGAUAGCUUAUCCAACAACCAGGGUCGGCUACGGGACCAACUUCAUCUCAGCCUCCAAUUCCGUCUCAUGGCGGCUCUGCCUCGCCGGCCAAGGCAUCCCCGCCCUCCUCCUCGCCGGUCUGACGCUCACAUUGCCGUACACGCCGCGGUGGCUAGUCCGCAAGGGGCGCCACGCCCAAGCGCUCGAGACUCUCGCGUGGCUGCGCAACAUGCCGCCAGACUCGGAGAUCGUGCAGCUCGAAUUCGUCGAGAUCCAGGCCGAGGCGAUGUUUGAGGCCGAGGUUACCGCGGAGCGAUUCCCUCACCUGUUGGGCAAAGGUGCAGGAAAGGAACUGAAAUUGCAGAUCGCUCAGUUCGGCGAGCUGUUCGCAACUAAGCACAUGUUCAAACGAACCGCCGUGGCGUGUCUCACCCAAUUCUUCCAACAAAUGACCGGGAUCGAUGCAAUCGUAUACUACGCCCCGACGAUAUUCCAGUCCCUCGGCCUCCCAGGACACACCGUGUCGCUCCUCGCAGCAGGCGUCAUCGGAGUGGUGUUCGUGAUAUCCACCCUCCCGGCGAUUGCGACGAUCGACCGGAUCGGCCGCCGGCCUGCUGAUUGGGGGCGGCGCGGGCAUGGCAGCGAUGCUCAUCCUCGUCGCAGCGCUAUCCGCGACGUACCAGCCGCGCUGGGAAAAUACGGCCGCGGCCUGGUCGACGGCUGUAUUUCUGUGGUUGUAUGUAGCGUUUUUCGGCAUGUCGUGGGGGCCGGUGUCGUGGACUGCGCAUCGACGAACUGGAUGACCAAUUUCGUCGUGUCGGUCGUCGUCCCCGACAUGCUCUCCGCCAUAACCUACGGAACAUACCUAUUCUUCCUCAUGUUCCUGCUGAUGGGUAUCGCCUUUGCGAUCUGGGUCCUGCCCGAGACGUACGGCAAGUCGCUCGAGGAGAUGGACAGCGCGUUCGGGAGCGCGGGGCACGGCGGCGCGGAAAACGCCCGGAUGGAGCGCAUCCUCUGGAGUCUGCAGGGCGACCUCCGCGCGCUGUCGGCGGACAACGUAAACAAAUCUGAAUGAACGAGACGAAACGAAACGAAACGAAAUCAAUGUACUUUUCCUUUCGCUUCCGAGGCCCUUUGUGUUGCGUGUGGUUAGACCGGUCCGGGAGCGUUUGAUAAAGGUCGUGACGGAUCUACGCGCGAGUGCUAAACAAGUCAGGGCAGUGUCCGUCAGACUGAGCGUUCGAGCGGUAGCUUGGCAUCUCGUCACGCGCCAUCGUGUUUACGUCCGCGUAUAAAGCGUCUGUGUGAGAAAGCAUCAUCCAAGUCGGUCAGCAGCAGCAGCAGCGUUGCGACUCAAAAAUUGAAACCCAGCCCUGAUCAUGCGAUUGACCUGCCUCUUCCUCUCGACCUUCCUGGUCGUGAUCUGCAUCUCGACACCGCGCACUCUCGGCCAAAGCGUAUGCGCAUUCAAAUCAUCGCCGUCGGAAUGCCGCACGCUCUGCGCGCACUGCUGCGCUGCGAAUCCGCAGGACGAGGAGUGUAUGCACAAUCCGGGCACGUCCACGCCCUGCUUCAAUGAUUGCCUCAGCAUAUGAGGAUCGUUACGUAUGUAGUAUGAGGCUCGGUAUCGUUCAUUGCACAUGUCGAGCGAAAUUCCAGACGUCAGAGACAGACUAUCCGACACCAGCUCAAGUGCGCUUGAUAAAGGUCGUGACGGGCCAUCCAGGGCCUGACCGUCAAAACGCGCGCACUCAGCCAUGUUCUGAUCGAUGACAUCCCAGUCCGGGCAGUCAGUCAGUAUAAGAAGCCGCUGGCGAGAACGGCAAAACCGCUGCAGCCGCAGAUCGAACCAUGCGCUUCCACCUGCUCCUGUCCACCCUGGUCGUGCUGACCGUGUCGACGCGCAUCCUCGGGCAAUCAGUCUGCAUCGGGCACGGGACCGCCGCGCAAUGCCACAACUUCUGCGCCGAGUGCUGCGCUGCUCAUCCGACCGACGAGGAGUGCGUCGGCCCACGCACCCGAGUCCGAUCCUCUGUAUCAACGAUUGCCUGGGGCGCUGAGGGUUCUAGGACCCGUCAAAAUCGACGAUAUGGGCGGGAUUCACUCGUGUAGAUUGGGCCUGAGUCGGGCUAGCCAUGGAUUGAUUGCCAUCUAAUCAAAGACUGCGAGAGUCGGAUAGAGUCGUCCAACAAGCCAUCUUGUCACUGGUUGUCAGUCCGUAAUGCCAAAUCUAAGCCUGAGAAUCCA